ACUUGGGGAAUAUGGACAUAACAGUUCACUGUGAUAUAGGAAUAUUUGAAUGGCUCAUGAGAUGGGUGAAGAAAAGUGCAAAUGUAGAUGGGAUACCCCUGAAAGUGGAUGCGGAAAAUGUUGUGCCUCUUGUGGUGUCUGCUGAAUUCUUUCAAAUGGCACCCUUAUUUGAGGAUUGUCUGGUAUUCUUUCGCCACAACAUUACUGAAAUUUUGGAGAAAUCUACAAAACUGCACUAUCUAAAUGACAACAUAAUCUCAAGGCUGGCUGAGAUGUUUUCAAACACAGAACUGGAGGAACUGAAUGAUCCAAAGGGGAAGUUAAAGAACAAACUAUUCUGCAAAUUGAUAGCUACAUUAGCAGCACCAACUCCCGAUAUGGCUCGUGGACACUUUGCCAGCCUGGCAAAUCUGUACAAGUGUGUGAGCUGCGGCAAACUCAUGCAGUGGCACUUCUCCGAUAAGGUUCCAUGUCACCCCAAGAAUGUGCAUGUUGAUAUCUGUGGUAAAACGGAGAGCAGGCAUGUCAGGGACACAAGCUGGAGCCUCAGUGAGCACGUGAAGCAGCUGCGGCGUGAGCUGCACUCGUGGCGGGCUGUCUACUGGCGGCUGUGGGGCGAGUGCCACUUCCUGCGGUGCUCGGCAUGCAAAAGCUCCUUCCCUGUGCACCAGGCUCGGUGGUGUCUCCACCACCCCAAGCCGCCGCAGUUCUUCCCUGCUGAGCAGCACAGCACGGCUGCCUACCCUGUCGGCCGGUACCCCUGCUGUGGAGAGAGGGCUUACCGCUUUGAAGUUCUUCCCCAUCAGUCAGGCUGUCAGUUUAAAAAUCACACUCUAGAACUGGAAUCAAUAUGUGAUUCAGCUGUUCACAAUGUUUUUUUGGCACACAUGGAGCAAAUUGCUGUGGAACCUCCACAGCUAAUGUUUCCAGAAAGGAUAACAUAUUUUAUCAGCCCAAGUGAUUGCAGUGACCCUAGUCACAGUGGUAAUAGGAAAGAAUACUGGUGGGAGGGUCUGGAACUGGCCCCUGCACACCCAGCUCCAUCCAAUUUCCUGUCAAAGUCAUGGGUUGCUGAGCUGCUCACAAAGGAUGCAGGUAAUGAUCACCUGCGGUUGAGUACAGAGGUUGACAGUGAUGAAGAUCAGAGCCGCCUGCCAAGGCAUUUGCAGCACAGGGUUGUCCCUUCUAGUCAAGUAGUAAACAAGACUCCAACUGGACCACCCCAGUGGAUUCCAGGCCUAUCGACUCGGCAGAACCAGGACAAUCAACGUGAGUAUGAAGAGUGUGCCAUGCAGCGAAUUGCAGCCACACUCACACGUCGCAUCUGUGGGGAAGCUGGAGCACCUGCUACAAUGGUUCGUAGAGGAGGACUGGGACACAGGAAAUGGCGCUGGAGUCCCCAUGUCACUCCACCAGGCGGUACAUACAUGCGGCUUGAGCAAGAGUGGAAGGAAGCCCAGAUUCUUGAGAAGAGAAGUCAGAACCUCUACUAUGGACAUCACAGACUUGAUGGAAGCCUCACACCUAGCAGCACAACAGGAAUACCUGCGUCGGCCCUCUACCACUCACGUCUGCGCAGCCGUGGGCACCUUUGUACAUAGUAUCAGCUUUUUGUGCUCUAAUCUUGAAGAAAUUUGCAGAGACAUAUUUAUUUUAUUAUCUUCUAUGAAAGACAUUACAGGGAAAAAAAUUGAUACUACUGCUAAUGUCAGAGGCAAUCAUCGCACCUGAAUCUGUCUGCAAGAAUCUGCUUCUGCAAAAUAUGUCUGCAUCCUUUAUUUUGCUGUUGUGUUUGGUACAUGUCAGUGAAUGUGUGUUUUGAGGACAUCAAAACUGUUUGUCCAAAUACAAUAUCAGAACACGGGUAGUUA